GCCCUACUAACACCCUACACAAAUUUUUUGCAUCAUCUAGUAAUCAAUUUCAAAUAGUGAUCUUAGUGUAUUGAGCACUUUUCCUAGGAAGACGCUAACAAUAAAUUUAGGAACUUUAGCGGUUACCCAUUCAGAAAUAAAGCUUCCGGCGGUUGGCAGUUGGCAAAUGCACCUUGUGAUUCUUCUCCCACCUGCAAACUCCAUUACAAAUUCGAGAGAGAGAGAGAGAGAGAGAGGUUGUUUUACUUGGAUCAGAAGUGACUUCUCAACCACACCAGAACACUCCCCACCUCAAUUCCUCAUCGCUGAGACACCCUUUUCCUUCCAGCAUUUCUUUUGUUUUUAACCGUUUCAUUAAUUUUCUCUCUUUUUUCUGUCUUCUUUCCAUACCUUAGAUUCAUCCCAACAGUUGUGAGAGAUGUCGGCGUGUUUUUCGGGGGACCCGCACUCCAAACGCAUCAAAUCCCCUCGCUUGCUUCUCAUUCUUCCUUGUUCUCUCGCACUUCGUUACCAUGCCCCUCUGCUCGUCGGAGUUCGCUGGAAAACUGUGCAGACGAAGUGCAAUGCUAUGAUUCUUUGAGCUCUUUCAGGAUAGUGAACGGUGCCUCUCUGAUGUCUAUGGACUCCAGAACUCAUCUGGACUAUGUCCUGUUUCAGCUCACUCCUACGAGAACCAGGUGUGAUCUGGUGAUUUAUGCUGGUAAGGCGAAUGAGAAGUUGGCAUCGGGAUUACUUGAACCGUUCCUUUCGCAUCUUAAAUCCGCGAAAGAUCAGAUAUCUAAAGGUGGCUACUCCAUCACUCUGAGAUCAGAUGCUUCCUGGUUCACUAAAGCCACUUUGGAGAGAUUUGUAAGGUUUGUUAGCACGCCUGAAGUUCUAGAGAGAUUUGUCACAUUAGAGAGGGAGAUAGCCCAGAUACAAGAAUCAAUCCAAUCCAAUGAAGCUCAGAACAUUGACACGGCAACGAAAGGAAAUGCGUCAGUUUCUGGGGGAAACAUCACAAAGUCAUCCGUGUCCUAUAAGUCCAAAGCUAAAUAUGAUGGAGCUGACAAUACCCUCACUGCCUCGGAAGAAAAUUCCAAGGUCCAUCUUCAGCGAGUUCUGGAGACUCGAAAGGCAGUUCUUCGGAAGGAGCAAGGAAUGGCUUAUGCUCGUGCUCUGGUUGCUGGGUUUGAAUUGGAGCAUAUAGAUGAUCUCAUAUAUUUUGCUGAUGCCUUUGGAGCUUUGCGUUUGAGGGAGGCAUGCAUAAACUUCAUGAAUUUAUGCAAGGAAAAGAAUGAAGAUGGGCUUUGGAUGGAUGAGAUAGCAGCAAUGCAGGCACUGUCCAGGCCAGAUUUACCUUACUUGCCAACUUCUGGAAUCAUACUCGCCGGCGAGGAGAACGGCCUUGGAAGCAUUCAGGAUAGUGGUCCGUCAAGUGAGAUAACAAAUGGCUCCACUGAUUUCAAUGUUACAGAGUUGAGUGCAGAUCCUAUGUUGCCAACAACAGCACCAAUGUCAUUCCCAGAUGGAAAGGGGCAAGUUCCGAUGCCAUGGCACAAUCACAUUUCACAGUACAUGCAAAAUUUUCAAGGUCCUUUCUUCUCACAGAUGCACCCGUUUCCCAGUUACCUCUACCCUGGAAUGCAGAUUCCCCCUUCAUACUACCAGGGGAAUAAAAGCUGGCCUCCAAAUGAAGACUCCAGCAUUUUCUCUGGUAAAGAUGCAGAUGACCGGGCUCGUAAGUCAUCGUCAAGAAAUAAAAAGAAACAUUCGCAUGAAAAUGCAUCUGAAGAUGAUACCAGCGAAGCCAGUGACAGUGGUAGUGAGAGAGAAUUGGACGGACAUCACAGUGGCAAAAGGUACUUUUCAACAGAUCAGCUGCCAAGGAAAGGACACGGAAAGAAGUCUUCAAAGAAAGUUGUCAUUCGCAACAUCAACUACAUUACUUCCGAGAGAGAUGGCCGAAGGAAUGACAUGUCAGAAAGAAGUUCAUCUAAUGAGGAUGAUUUUAUUAGUGAGGAGUCCCUCAGGCAGCAGGUGGAAAAGGCCGUUGGACCAUUACAUGGAAGGAACAGUUCAGCAUCACGUCUUCACAGUAAACGACACACGACGCACCACGUCAACACGAAUGAACUGAACGAUGCAGCUGAUGGAAAGAAUAAGAGUGAAGAUGCAAAUAACUAUGAGGGAGAGAGAAGAUACGAGAGCUGGGGUGCUUUUCAGAACAUCCUGAUGGAGAGCAGGGAAGCUGCUGUCUCAGGUUCGGAAACACAAGUAGCAUUGAUUCAUGAGGAAGACCUAGCAAGUAAGAAAUCUUUAAAGGGGACAUCAUUUGCAUAUGAUCUGGAAUCAGGAAGCACAAGACGAAAAUCUGUUGCUGCCGAUCCCCUUGCAAUUACUGAGAAGGAUUGGGCUGCUGAGGGUACGACUCACUUUGAGGAGUUUGAAGGUGGUGACAAUGUGCAGCCAGUUACGAAGAGAAGGGACAGCCCAUAUGAGGAUUUACUAUAUUCGAAGAAGGCUGAAGAGUCAGUUAGUUAUCUCAAUCAAUCACUAACAGAGUCAUCUGCCCUAUCCUCUAUCAAGAAAAUUCACGAGGAAGGAGAUUGGUUAAUCAGCAAUCGAGAAAAAGUAGCGAUAGAUCAGCAAGCUAGGAUGGACCUCAAGAUGGUUGAAGCUGAUUCUGUUUCAUCAUAUGGUGCAGAGCAUUUGCGCACUGAGAUAAAGAAGGGGGAUGUCCUAAUUGACGACUCUUUCAUGGUUGAAGGUCGACCAAUACUUAAUGAUCAAUCUGAUUCUAGGCUGACGAUGAUGGAUAUAAACAUGGUUCCUGACACUAUCAACGCUAAGAACAGCAGACCCGAAAUUUCACAGGAGAAGUCCUGGGAACCAGAUGACCUUCAUAUGGUGCUCAAUCAGGAUUCUGUAGCGGAGCAGGCUGUAGCAACGUGGACACCAGAACUGGAGUACAGAAAUCAUAGCUUGUCGGCAGAGAUCAUCCAAAAGCAUGUCAAGAAUGAGUUGAAAGAUUCCGCUGAAAAUGAAUCAUCAUCCAAUUUUACCAAGAAAAAUGCAGAAGCCAGGUCUAGGCUUACAAAUGGUUCUCUUGCGAAGAAUAGGCUUGAUACAAUACCGAAGGGCAGGCCAACUCCUGGAAGCAGGACAGCUGCUCCAAAGAGCAAAGCUGAGAAGGAAGAAGAAAAUAGGAAGAGAAGGGAGGAGUUGCUUGCUCAGCGUCAGAAGAGAAUUGCUGAGAGAAGUGCCAACCGUGGAUCUACACCAGUUGCUUCUAAGAAGAGUUCAACUGAGACUAAACCAACCACUACACCUAGCCAACCUAGUAAGAUCCGAAGUCAUUCUACUUGGUCCCCAUCUCAGGAGACUCCAAAGUCGAAUAAGCCAGUCCUCAGGAAUUCCACCAUAGAGCGUCUAGCUGCUGCGCGAGCAACUCAAAAGGUUCAACCUGUGAAUUCAAAACCAAGUCAACCCGUCAAAGCCUCCUCGAAAAUGAAUAAGUCGACUCCAGCUACCUUGUCACAGAAGCCCAUCCCUCCUGAAACUAAGAAAGCAGAUCUAAAGAAACCGGAAUGUUUGAACAAGAAAAAUACUGUGAAAAGUUCAAAUGAACAACUUCUGCCCAAUUCCAACACCCAACAAAAGAAGGAAACUGCAGAAGCCAGGAUGGGGUCAUUGGAAUUACCGACAGCAGAAACGGCUCAACCUGCUCCAGUGGAUGAUGGUUUUAAGGACAUUCAAGUCGAAAACAGCAGAGAGAAAUCAGUUUCUCCCAAAGAGGCAUCGGAAGACGGAAGCCAUAGUGGAAAUGUUGAGAGCAAUAACCUGUCGGUGCCUCCCGAGCCUGACUCUACAAAACCAAGUCCUUUCAAAAGCGAUCAUGCGCAUGCAUAUAUAUCAUCUCCAGUUCCUGGCCAAGACAUAACGGUACCUGAAGUGACUCUCCACCCGGUUCCAUCUCCAUCCAUUGCAAGAUCACUGGACAGCUCUCCUACCAAUAAUGGCUCUGAAGCUGAUGAUUCCACAGUGUCCAAAAAGGCUCCAGUUUCUCACACCCCUCGGGUACAUUUUGCAACCCCUACGCUUAUUAAUGAGAUCACCCCCGAACCAGUACACUCGAGGAAGAAAUGGAAUAGUGAUGAGCACUCUCCUAAAGCUGCCAAAGGGUUCAGAAAGCUUCUAUUCUUUGGUCGAAGAAAAGCUUGAACUCCCCAAAACCUUAUGUGCAUGGUCAAGCUUACAAAUUUUGUGCCGCAGUUCAAGGUACGUGCCAAGUCAGAUUGGAUGGUAAAUUCUUGUGUGAUCAUUAUUUAUUGAAGAAUGGUGAUUUUGGGAUUCAAAGUUAGAUAGUUCACAUGCAUAAUAAUGAUUUGGUUGUUGGCGAGUUGUGUGGAGACGUGGAUUGCCUAUUGUGAUUUAUCGAAGCAUGAUUUCCUUGAGCAGCGCGGGAUGCAAGUGGCUUCUUUGCGCACUGUGACAUACAGUGAAAACUGUCUUCUCUUGCUUGUAAGUUGUGUGCUGAAAUGGGACAAAAGAAAAGCAGAAACAAUCUGUUUGUAUUCAUUCUGUUGAUGACUUGUAAUAGUUAAUUGGCGUAAUGCAUUCUGGUUUCUCAUUUAGGUAAA